AUGGACUCGGCUGCAGCACCAGGCUUCAAAAGGAGGUCUUCCCCCUCCUCCUCCCCGGCUGACGUCGGAGAGACCGCAAGGAGCCCUCCUCCCUGUUCACCCUUCUCGUCUCCGUCACCUCCUUCGUCCGAGCCAUCUUCACCGUCGUCUUCGUCCUCCUCGCUUUGCGCCAAUCCCUCCGUGUAUAAAAACAAUGUAAAAAGUCGGAACGAGGUGGCCAGGGUUUCUUCUACUUCCACGCAGCCUCUCGCCACGUCUACAUCCAUUAACGCUUCAGGGGAGCGCUACCCUCACGCGGCCAUGCAGGCGAGCGUUAGUUGGGAAGAAGACGACGGCAAAGGGGAUAUGUACGAUCCCUACAGUCCAACUGAUGGAGAGAAAGGGAGAACGCUGGAGGGGGAGGAGGGGGAAGGGGAGAAAUAUGACCCCUUUGAUCCCACCGGCUCACCACAAUCCGAUAUGGACGAUGGACUCGACAAAAUGGAGAUCCUGGAGAAAAGUGUAGAAAUAAACGAUGACGAAAAAGACGAAGAGCCUCCAGACUCUACAGAGACUCUGACUGAUCCACUGAGCCCCAGUCUGAGCUGCCAUAAGCCUCUGAGGAGGAGAGUGGAGCGGGGGAGCGGCAAAGCCCGGGGGCUGAGGGAAGGCGGUGACUCUGAUAAUUCUGAGAUAGAGGAGGGGGAAAUAGUGGGAGCUGCUGACAGAGACGGAGCUAAAAAGAGACCUCCAGAGGAACCCCUUCCACCUGAUUCCCCACCUAUUUCCUUCUUUAGUUCCAAACCAGAGCGCAUUCUGCGGGUGCUGGAUGGUGACGGCUUUGUUUCCGUGUGCACGGAGGGAAACUGGGAAGACGACAGGGAGCUCGAGGAUGAGCCGGAAGUUGGAGUGGAGGAUUUGAGAAGGAAGCUGGUCAGUAGGAGAAAGGAAAGAUACCUUUCCUUUCCUGCCUCUUCGCCUCUUUCUUCUCAGCCACCGCUAGCUCCUUCCCUUCCUCAAGCUUCCACGUCUGCCUCCCCCGUCACCCCCCCUGUAGAGCAAACGAGUAAGAAUCACAAAUCCUCCAAAAGUUCAAAAGACCGCGACAGACAGAAAAGCAAGGAAAGGAAGCCAGGAGAAAAGGUGGUCAGAAGGAAGAAGAGAAGGAAGGCCAAAGAGGAGGAUCGGGAGAGGAGCGUGGAGAAAGAGCGAGGACACAAAGAUGGGAAGGAGGUGAAAACGAGGGGGAGCAGUAGGAGCAGCAACCAUAAAGCAAAGAAAAGACGACACAGCAGCCCAGAAGCCUCCCAUCACUCUUCAAGAAAAGAGACGCACUCCAGACGCUCCUUUUCAAGUCUGUCUGAAGAAAGACACAGGGAACGGGAAAAGGACAAAGAAAGGGACAGAAAAAGCCACCGAGACAGAGAAAGGGACAGAGAUAGAGGCAGAGACAGAGAUAAAGACAGAGAUCGAGACAGGAACAGGCAUCAGGAUCGCAGCAGCAGUCACAGGAAAGACGAGAGAGUGCGAGAUUCCAGCCCUAGAAGGGGGGAGAGGGAAAGGAAAGGCAAAAGGCACUCCAGCAGCAGAGAACGGGCCCUUUCAAAGAGGUCCAAAAGCAGCAGGGAAAAGAGGGACAGUGAUCGAGACAGGCAGCAUGAACGGGAGCGUCGACGGGAUGGUCGCCCUGUUGUCCCACCGUCUAUUCAAGACCUCAAUGGCUCCGACCUCUUCGCUAUUAAGCGAACCAUUACAGUGACGAGCACCACUACCACCACGGUUCCCGGCUCCCCGAGGCUGGCGGCGGCUGCGGCUUGCCGUCCCAAAGAGGACAGGAAGAGGAGAAAAUGGCAGUCGGCUGGAGACCCGGAGGACCAGGAAGGUGUUCGCAAUCGCAACCGGUCCCGGUCGUUCUCCUCACCGAGGUAUCACGGCUACGAGUCAGACCGCUACUCAGACAAAUUGGAGAUCGACAUGUUGUCUUUGGAUGGAGAAGCUUUGGACUCCGAUUACCCAUCCCUGGAGGAGACGCCUCCUGCUGCUCUGCCUUUAGAACCGCCCGUCCCGAGCCCUAAAGCCAAACCGUCCCCUAAAGCCAGACCGAGUCACCCAAAAAAGAAGGCUCACACAAUAAAGAAGUCCGAUUCCUCUUCGAAUAGAAUAACAGGCAAAUGCCUGUCCUCGCUAACGGUCACUUCGAGUCCUACCUCCAUGGCUCCUGGCCUCUCAUCAGCCAAGAGAGUCAGGAAAGUAGGAAAGGACAAGGUCCGGGAUAAAGGCAGCAGAAAGGAGCUAAUCCGUUCUGGCAAAUCCAAGAAAGAGAGCGGCAGCAGUCGGAAAGGAAAACUUCAGUCUAAAGUGUCUGUGCUGGUGCGAGAGGGAGUGAGCAGUACCACAGGGGCAACAGUCGGUUCUGGGAAACUGAGCAUGGACCUUCUAGGCCCAGGGGGAGCGGGAGGGGGGGCCGGGGGCUCAGUGGUGGGGGGCUCAAUUGCCGUGGUCUUCUGUAGAGACAACGAAAGCAGGUCACCGUUCCUGAAACCGUGCUCAGAGCCGCUGUCGUUAGGUGGCCGAGCUAAAGAUCUGGGCGGUCUGGGAAAACGAAGCAGCCUGGCUGCGCCGCCGUCGUCCUUAACCCGCCCGGCUGGACUGAAAUCUAAGAAAACAAAACCAAGCUCCAUCACCUCCACGUCUUCCUCCGCGUCCUCCCCCUCGUCUUCUCUGGCAACCAAGCGUCGCCGGCGCUUAGCCAAGAAAAACAGUAAGAAAGGUGGGACGGCCGGUGUGGCUGCUGGUGAUGGAAGCCAAACGAAAUCGGCAUCAGAAGGCUGGGGCGGAGCCGGCUUUGAUGCUCCAUCGGCCGUCGGAGACGGGAGCAAAUCGGCCAGUCCACAUGCAGGUCAAGCGGGCCCUCCGCCUUGUUCCUCAUCCUCGUCUUCAACGUCCUCCUCCACCAGUGUUCUCCCGCCCUCCUCCUCUCCACCACACACGCCUCCUCCAUCUAACGCCCCCCUGCGGGACACGAGGGAGUCUUCACCCGACUCUCAGACUGUGGACAGCAGCUGUAAGACACCAGAGCCCACCUUUCUAGCGGAGGAAGGUCCCAGUCAAAACAGCCCCUCUCCGCCAGCUUCCAGCCCAUCCAGUUUGUCCACUCCCCAGGGGGCUGGCCUUGGAAGUACCCUGUCCACACAGACUGGAAAACCCCAACCUCCAGAGGACAUGCCAAAAUCUUUAGCCUCGCCUCCUUGCUCGUCUUCAUCAGCAGGUCUCAACUCCCUUUCGCUCUCUCUCUCUUCAACCGACCCCUCCUCCUCUUCCUCGGUAUCCUCCUCUUCUGCCACCAAGGUGCCGCCGCCUCCUCCUCCGCCUCCGCCAGCAGCGCCUACUUUGCCCUGGAGUCUUCAGACCGGAGUAGACUGUACAACCGGAGGUGUCUUAGCACUGACGGCUCUGCUCUUCAAAAUGGAGGAGGCCAACAUCGCCAGCAGGGCGAAAGCGCAGGAGUUCAUUCAAGCAACCAGUCAGAUCCUGUCCCAAGCCAACCAGAACCAGUCUCAGCAUCAUGUUCCUCCUUCCUCGGCUUCCUCUGCCGUCCAGAUACCUCCACCCCCCACUGUGCCUCCGCCUCCCGGCCUGAGCCCGGCCCAGUUCAUCCUCCACAGCUCUCUCCCAUUGGUGGGAUGCAGUAAAACUCCCCCGUCUCACCUGCACGCGUCCCUAGGAGGGGGAUGCGCACAGACCCCACCCCCCAUGCUGCCCGCGGGGCUGUCAGGCAUGACGGGGAGCUCCGGUGAAGCCGGAUGGGAAAAUGAGAGCAAGGAUUCAGAUAAGUAUCUGAAGAAGCUGCACACCCAGGAGCGGGCGGUGGAGGAGGUGAAGCUGGCCAUCAAACCUUACUACCAGCGCAAAGACAUCAACAAGGAGGAGUAUAAAGACAUCCUCAGGAAAGCUGUGCAUAAGAUCUGCCACAGCCGCACUGGAGAAAUCAACCCGGUCAAAGUCAGCAACCUCGUAAAACUCUAUGUUCAACGCUACAAGUAUUUCCGGAAACACGGCCGCAAAAUGGAUGAGGAGGAGCGGGAAGACAGGGAGCAGGCAGCGCUGCAUUCCUCUGCCUGAGGAGGAAGGUCAGCCAUCCAGCUCAACGUCUGCGCGCUCCACUGACUCCUCCCCUUUAUUUCCAUCGUUUUUUUGAAGCCUACUUUGUCCACGCAUCCAUGCCACCUGCUCCCUCGUCUCUCGUUUUCUCUCUGUAAAUACGUCUCGCAUCCAUGGUGAAUGCAGUGUUCAGGAAGCGGACGCUGCCAGCCGGGAUCAGCUGCAGUCCAGCAUCUCUGGGAAGUCAACACUUUGUUGCCUCUGUCUCCUGGAGGUUUCACAAAAGAGUUGCCGGUCAAAGUGCAACGAAUAACUUUGUUCUGGCUUGGCGACAUUGAAGAGGAGAUGUUCCACCGCUCUGUUCCAGUAAUCUAUGGGGAAACGCUGAAGGAGCCUCCACAGGCAGACACUACCGCAUCUCCUCUCCACGUGUCUGCAUCGCUCUGCGCUGGACAUCCAUUGUAUUGUCUGACUUUUACUGUGUGUAUUGUGUGCAUGUGGUACAGAAGUUGGGGGGAAGUUACUAAAUGUCUUUAUAAAAAUAACUUGAUCCUCAAAUAUAAACAUUGCUUGAGAAUUGC